AUGAUUCAGCCAGUGCAAUCCACAGAUAAUAGCAGCAUACCAAGUCCUUAUCUAUUAUCAGCAUAUGGAACUGACAAUACUGCAACAGCGAACGAUAUAUUACAGAGAUGGUGGUAUAUAUUUAAUCAAUCCUUACAAAGAAAUAUCAGAAUCAUUGGUUUUUCUACUGACACGGAUCCAAAAUAUCUACGUGCGAUGCGUUUAAUGAGCGGUUUUCUUGGAGCUCAUCCGCAUUUUCAAGUUCACCAACACCCACAAACAUUUCAAAUAAAAAUAAGAUCACAUUGGUCUUGGUUUUAUCUUUGUGAACAACAGUUAUUAUUAUUUUUUCAAGAUUCGACACAUUUGGUAACCAAAUGGCGUAAUCGUUUAUUAUCAACAACAGCAGAAUUAUGUCUCGGAAAUCAGUCAAUAUCGAUCAAUCAUUUGCAUGAUAUUAUUGAAAACGAUACUUAUUCUAAACUUGAUGAUGGUCUAACAAAAUCUGACAUUAACCCUAAAGAUCGUCAAAACUUUAGUUCUUGUUUGAAAUUAACAUCUAAUGAUCUAAUGAUCUAUUCAACAUUUUAA